UGCUAAUGCUAGCACGAGUACCGCAAUGGUGUUAGUGUCGAACUUAAAUUUGCCUAUUUUACAAGUAAUAUAGACCUGGGUUCAAGAUUUACAUAUACAUAAAUUCCUCUGGCAAGUAAAGCCGAGAAGAACAUUCUUAAAUGUGUUUUUUGUGCGUCAGAUUCCGUGAAUACUACUGUAGUGUGUUCGCCUAGCAGCAGAAGGACCGCAGACUGCUAACCGAAGACUUCAGCGUUAACGACUGUUUUCGGUAUAAAAUCAGCAUAUAGUUUUAAAAGUUUUUGACCUUUAUAUUUUACGCCUUUUCUUAUAACGUCGCACUGUCAGCCGCUGCACAGGAGUCCGUAAAGAGUGAAGGAGAGAUGGCGAGCUCGGUGGGGAACGUGGCUGACAGCACAGAACCAACCAAACGUAUGCUUUCCUUCCAAGGGUUGGCAGAGCUGGCGCAUCGUGAAUAUCAGUCAGGAGAUUUUGAGGCAGCAGAACGCCACUGUAUGCAGCUGUGGAGGCAGGAGCCGGAUAAUACUGGCGUCCUGCUGCUGCUCUCAUCUAUCCACUUCCAGUGUCGCAGGCUUGACAGGUCAGCCCACUUCAGCACUCUGGCCAUUAAGCAGAACCCCAUGCUGGCUGAGGCCUAUUCCAACCUGGGCAAUGUCUACAAGGAGCGGGGGCAACUACAGGAGGCCAUUGAGCACUACCGUCAUGCUCUCCGUCUUAAACCGGAUUUCAUCGAUGGAUAUAUCAACCUGGCAGCAGCGCUGGUCGCGGCAGGUGACAUGGAGGGAGCAGUCCAGGCUUACGUGUCUGCUCUCCAGUACAAUCCUGAUCUGUAUUGUGUACGCAGUGACUUGGGUAACCUCCUUAAAGCGCUCGGGCGCCUUGAAGAGGCAAAGGGUUGUUACCUGAAGGCAAUCGAAACUCAGCCCAACUUUGCUGUGGCGUGGAGUAACCUGGGCUGUGUGUUCAAUGCUCAGGGAGAGAUCUGGCUGGCCAUACAUCAUUUUGAGAAGGCAGUGACAUUGGAUCCUAACUUUCUAGAUGCUUACAUCAACUUGGGCAAUGUUCUGAAAGAGGCUCGUAUCUUUGACAGAGCUGUUGCUGGUUACCUGCGUGCCCUCAGCCUGAGUCCUAACCAUGCUGUUGUCCAUGGUAACCUGGCUUGUGUGUACUAUGAGCAGGGUUUGAUUGACUUGGCCAUUGACACCUACAGACGUGCCAUCGAGCUACAGCCACACUUUCCUGAUGCAUACUGCAAUCUUGCUAAUGCCCUGAAGGAAAAGGGGAAUGUUUCUGAAGCUGAAGACUGCUACAACACAGCCCUGCGUCUGUGCCCCACCCAUGCUGACUCCCUUAACAAUCUGGCCAACAUCAAGCGUGAACAGGGCAACAUUGAGGAGGCUGUGCAGCUCUACAGGAAAGCUCUGGAGGUGUUCCCAGAGUUUGCUGCUGCCCAUUCAAACCUUGCCAGUGUCUUGCAGCAGCAGGGGAAACUUCAAGAAGCUCUCAUGCACUAUAAGGAGGCCAUCAGAAUCAGCCCGACAUUUGCCGAUGCCUACUCCAACAUGGGCAACACUCUUAAAGAGAUGCAGGACAUUCAGGGAGCCCUGCAGUGCUACACUCGUGCCAUUCAGAUCAACCCUGCUUUUGCUGAUGCUCAUAGUAACUUGGCUUCUAUACACAAGGAUUCUGGGAACAUUCCUGAGGCUAUUGCAUCUUACCGCACUGCCCUGAAACUCAAACCUGACUUUCCUGAUGCUUACUGUAACCUGGCUCACUGUCUACAAAUUGUGUGUGACUGGACCGACUAUGACGAGCGUAUGAAGAAGCUUGUGAGCAUUGUGGCAGACCAACUGGAUAAGAACAGGCUGCCAUCUGUGCACCCCCAUCACAGCAUGCUGUACCCCCUCUCCCACAGUUUCCGUAAGGCCAUAGCUGAGAGACAUGGGAACCUCUGUUUGGAUAAGAUCAAUGCUCUGCAUAAACCUGCCUAUGAGCAUCCAAAGGACCUGAAGGUCAGUGGAGGACGUCUGCGUGUGGGCUACAUUAGCUCCGAUUUUGGCAACCAUCCUACAUCCCAUCUGAUGCAGUCCAUCCCUGGAAUGCACAACUCUGAGAAGUUUGAGGUGUUUUGCUACGCCCUCAGCCCUGAUGACAGCACCAACUUCAGAGUCAAAGUCAUGGCAGAGUCUCACCACUUUAUUGACCUCUCACAGAUCCCUUGCAAUGGAAAAGCAGCAGACAGGAUCCACCAAGAUGGAGUCCACAUACUGGUCAACAUGAAUGGUUAUACUAAAGGAGCACGCAAUGAACUGUUUGCGUUGCGCCCAGCUCCCAUUCAGGCUAUGUGGCUUGGGUACCCAGGCACCAGUGGAGCUCCGUUCAUGGACUACAUCAUCAGUGAUAAGGAGACGUCUCCUAUUGAGGUUGCUGAGCAAUACUCUGAAAAACUAGCCUACAUGCCAAACACUUUCUUCAUUGGAGAUCAUGCUAACAUGUUUCCUCACCUCAAGAAAAAGGCAGUUAUUGACUUCAAGUCAAAUGGACACAUUUUUGACAAUCGCAUUGUGCUGAAUGGUAUAGAUCUGAAAGCCUUCUUGGAAAGUCUACCAGACGUCAAAGUUGUGAAGAUGGAGUGUGACGGUCAGGAGACAGCUGACAGUAAUGGCUCCCUCUCCAUGCCCGUCAUCCCAAUGAACUCAGCUGCUGAAGCCAUCAUUAACAUGAUCAACCAAGGCCAGAUCCAGGUCACUAUCAACGGCUUUACAGUCAGCAACGGCCUGGCCACCACGCAGAUCAACAAUAAGGCAGCAACAGGAGAAGAGGUUCCGAGAACAAUCGUGGUGACCACCCGCUCGCAGUAUGGCCUACCUGAAGACUCCAUUGUCUAUUGCAACUACAACCAGCUCUAUAAGAUCGACCCUCCUACACUGCAGAUGUGGGCCAAUAUCCUGAAGCGUGUGCCCAACAGUGUGCUCUGGCUGCUGCGCUUCCCUGCAGUGGGUGAGCCCAACAUCCAGCAGUACGCUCAGAACAUGGGCCUGCCUGCUUCUCGCAUUAUCUUCUCUCCUGUAGCUCCCAAAGAGGAGCAUGUGAGGCGCGGGCAGUUAGCAGAUGUGUGCCUGGACACCCCGCUCUGUAACGGCCACACCACAGGCAUGGAUGUUCUGUGGGCUGGUACUCCAAUGGUCACUAUGCCAGGAGAGACACUGGCUUCUCGUGUAGCUGCCUCUCAGCUGACCUGUCUUGGCUGUCUUGAACUGAUAGCCCAUAGUCGUCAGGAGUAUGAAGAUGUUGCUGUCAAGCUUGGCACUGAUAUGGAAUACCUGAAGAAAAUACGCACCCGCGUGUGGAAGCAACGCAUCUGCAGCCCACUCUUUAACACCAAACAGUACACCAUGGACCUGGAGAAGCUUUACCUGCAGAUGUGGGAACAUCAUGUUGCCGGAGGCAAACCUGACCACCUCGUCAAAAUGCAGUCUCUGGAGACCAGCGAGAGCACCUAAAUUAAGCUCAAAGGUUGCAUGCCCCUCCAUCCUCAUUAACCUACAAGCCCCACCCCCUUACGUUCUCCAGGAUGUGUCAAUCACAAAGACUCUAUUGAGAAUAAGAGAGCACCUAUUUAUCCCAGUCAGCUUUAGUUUCCAUGAGCCAGAGUGGACCGCAGGAUACAGAGUUGCUCCACUGAGACUCUGCUCCCCUUCUUAUCGUACCCUAAAUAAAUCGAUGUUGGUUGGCUCUACUGGUUUCUGCAUCUGCUUGGAAUUCCAAAGGAUGAGGACACCCUCAUUCUGUAAUUGAAGUGGUCUUUUUGAAAAUCACAUUGGAUGAUGGGGCCUUUCUUAAAGGAAAAUAGAAAUAUAACAGUUAAAUAACAUCCUGUAACACAGAGAUAAGUUUUUUAGUUAAGAGGAUUUGCUGCUUGACCUAUUUUAGCUUUCUCAUCAUAUCCUAAAGGGUGACAGAUGCAAAGCUCAGCUCUCUUUUCCCUAAUGAAUGCCAACAUUGUUUUCCAAAUGCUAUCAAUAGAAAAUAAUGAAUCCUGCUUUCCUUUUUUUAUAUGCUAUGUGAACAAGCUAAACAGUGGAGUGACUUAUUACACUGACAAAUGGCCUGAACCUGCUAUUGACUCCUGAUGAAUUUUCUUGAUUUUUUUUAUUGUUUUACCAGGAAUGGUCUAGGUAAGUAUGUUCUAAGCUUCUUUUUGUUUUGUACACUGUCUUGCUGAUAACUCAUUUUAUUUAUGCCCUGUCUUUGUCAUUUUUGCAAGGCUCUUUACAUUAACUGAAAUAAAGAGAUGUGGCAAAUCUUUCAGAGAGUUGCACAUGCUUGGCUACAGUUUUCCCAUUUACUCUUCAAAUCCUUUCAGGAACGAACACAUUCGUUUUGGAACUAUCUCUGGUAAAAUACUGGUGAAUUGUGAUCUGUAUUGCUUUUUUGUUGUGCAGGGUGUCUGUUCUUGUUGCUCGCUGAACUGUCAUUUGCGUUGUAAAUUUGAUUGCUGUGUUCAGAAUAAAGUGCUAAAGAUGUUUCUACACUUGUGUUGUAGGG